UUUUGAAGGACAGGCGCACAACCCGGAAGUCAUGUCCUUCCAGGAAAACGACGACGAGUUUAUACCUUUAGUAGUGUGCGUUAGAGCUGUUAACGAUUUACGAUCGAUCUGACAUUUAUUACCGACCAUAAAUACAGAGAAAGUAAAUGAGAACUUAAUAUUUACAGUCUCCACCUACAACUGAACCGCGGAGCGCUUGGACCUGUGACAGGUUACCCACAGGACGGACAGACAAACCAACACAUUUUCUUCUUCUUCUGUGGUGUCAGAGGAGACAAGAUGUGGAUUUGUAGCCCGUGGGCUCUUCUGCCUCCCAUCUACUCUGUGUUCACUGCUGUGGGACUAUGGGUGGUAUACUUUUUAGCUGUCCGUGAUGAGAUGAUAGCACCUCUGGGUUCAAAAUACAGGAAAAUAAAUGGAUCCUUUUAUCCUCCCUACAUUAGUAUUGCAGGCAACUCUCCACCAGCCAGCUGCAUCUUCAGCGAGGUCAUGAACUUGGCUGCGUUUGUGGGGCUCAUCAUUGCCGUCCUCAGAUACCUUCAGCUGAAACACAUAAUAGACAAAGUGUGGCUGAAUGUCGGUAGUCUGGUGAUUUUCUCUAUUGCCUGCUUUGGAAUGACACUUGUAGGAAACUUCCAGUUAUUCACUCAGAAGAUGAUCCACAACAUUGGCGCCUUCCUGGCAUUUGGACUGGGAAUGUUAUUCUGCUGGGCGCAGUCCUAUAUUACCCUGAGAGUUAACAUAAAGAAUGAGGGGAGGAAGGCUGCCAUCAUUCGUUUCCUGCUGUCUGGAUCCAUCACUGUCUGCAUGAUAGCCUACUUCUCCCUGAUGUCUCAGCGCCUCCACAUGCAAGCAGCUCAGUGCCAGUGGGCGCUGGUCAUGUUCUUCCUCAUCUUCCUCGGCACUUUUGCCAUCGAGUUUCGUCACAGCCGCUUUGACUUAGUGUGCACGGACGACUCUGAGCGUCCAUUAAGCCAGGGAGAGACUUUCUCUGAAGUGUCCAGGUACGUGCCGGACCAACUGUAGGGAUGUUACACUGUCUCACGUUUGAAGAUGCUCAGCUAUAACUGCACGAAACGACGCAUGGAUCGACAACGUACUUUAAGAUGAAUUUAUUCCAUCAGAGCAAGCUUGCAAAUGUUUUUGUUAAGCUGCUGUUACCAUUGAAGAUCACCACUAUAUGUUACGUAUUUUUUACCUACAAGCAUUUAAACAGUUUCUUAAAAGCUACACCAAAAAUCCUUUUCCUUUGUAUGCAAGUAUGCUUUGAUGAAUAGGUUUUGACAUUUUUGAACACCUAUUUUUAUACUAUUACAAACUUCGAGAUUAUUUUUGUAAAUUUUCAAAUGUUUUAGUUUGAGUCCAUGGCUGUUAUGACUUUAAUGCAAUUCUUAAAAUGCAAGUUUGCAUAGUAUGCUAUCAGUAUCAAUAAAAACACAGCAAAGUUUGUCUAAA